AACAUUUGUUGACAUCGAGUUAUGAAGUGACGCUAAAUCGACGCAAUAAAGCAGUGUGAUUGCAGUUUUUAGCGCAUCACGGCCGGUCGAUGGGUGCUUUUUUCACAACCUUCUGCGAACGAGCAAGGAAGCACCCGAACAGUGUGAUAAAUAGUGGCUCAUUGUGAUCAACAUGACAUAAACGUGUGUGCCGUUGUUGUAGAUAACUAGUUGGCGGAUUCGUACAAAAGAUCUAAAUACUGGAGUACAAAAAAUAUGGAUCGAAGGGAUGUGCUGCUUCGACGGCGGCUGCCGGAUUUGUCGGACAGCAGUUGGAUUCCGCACGGCUUCGAGUAGAGAGUAGUCCGGUGAUUGCAUACUAUUCAACACGGGACGUGCGUCGGUCGUCUUCGACGUCCGGAAGCUGGACACGUAUGAGUUGAACAUUUCCACGGAGCGGGAAAAAUUAUUCUCUCCACCCGGUAUCGUGUAGUGAAACGGCUAUUUUUAUAUCAGUUCGUGGCGAUCGCUGUUGUGCAUAGUGUAAACGCAAAAAAUUUGUAAAGAUUUUGUCUAAACUACGAUCCCCAACAUUCGAGGGUGGCCAUUUUUUUCGUGCUCGGGUGUGUUUAUGUGUGAAAUUUUACUCCACUAUUUUUGUAAACAUUUAGAGCUUCUCGUUCGGAAGCGUGUAGAGAUUGCAAUAAUCUGUUCAUAAUUGAACAAUUCAGAACAUCGCUAGAGGCGAACCACGAAAGACGCAACCUGUAGAUCUGCCAGACCCGAGUAGUACUAUUGUACGAAGAAUAACAAGUGCCAGUGCCAGUGAGUGCUACCGCGUGUAUGUGCGUAGUGUAAAUGCAUCAUAACGAAAGUAAGAAGAAAGAACCUACGACGAUUUAAUCCCCGCUUGGGAGGAAAAGUGGCGCGGCUUUACAAGACACUGCCAUUAGCUGUUAGUUUUCAACGAGCUUCGAGCACGGUAUGAUACGUUGCCCGUACCUUCAUGAAAUGCAUGAACGACUACUGGGACCAACACCACGCCGAGUGAUACCGAUAACGUUACCCCCCUUGGCGAAGCCGGAAAACACAAAUAUCAUGGACCGCGAAAGUGACUGCCUGCUGGAGAGCAGACCCGAAAGCCGGCAGAUUGGAACGAUGGUUAAGCUAAACCCGGACGGAUUCGGUUCGCACACUACACCGACACAUCACAAAACACCGUUAGUGCCUUGCAACGGAACCGAUGACGACGAUACGGACGGCGCGCUGGGGACCACCGUCAGCGAAUCGGAGGACGACGACGGAAUCCACCUGCGGACGCACAUUCGCAAGAUAAUCGAAGGCCGCAAGCCGAAAAAUGCCAACAGCUUCUUUUGGACCUUUUGGCAACCAGUUUUGGCCAAGAGGGAGAAGCGGCGAAGAAGAACCUCCCUAUUUAUCGUAACUAGUCUAGUCUACGCGAUACUACUGAUUGUGGUGUGCAUCGCGUACGUAAUUAGUGAUGUAACCACCCAUCGACUGCCCGUCAUAUACUACGAGAGUUUCUUUACCUACCUGUACGGAGUGAGUAUACUCUUCCUGCUGUACGUGUUCUGCUUCCUGCUACAAGAGAGCUCCUGCUGCAGUGGAAAACCACCAAAGCCACCAAAAGAAAAGAAACCUAAAAAAGAGAAAAAGCCAAAGAAGGGCGACGCGGAAGCCGGCGCUAAGGAUGCUACCGGUAAGGAUGGUGGAAAGGAUGGCAAAGAUACUGCUGCUACUGGUAAGGGAAAAGAGGAAAAGUCCAGUAAAACCUCCGGAAAGCCCAGUCCGUAUCAGGACUCUACACCGGAUCCAGAAAUUGCUCUAUCACCACGAUGCAAGCGCAAAACCACCCAGGAUCCUGCUCAUGGAAGUUUCUUUUUGCGUGUCGGUGCCAUCGCUUUCGGAUUGGGAACGAUGAUCUAUACCGGGCUCGAGUUUGGUUCGUUCUUCGAAAUUCCAUUUACAUCACCCUGCCAUCAAAUUCUGCGAGGAGUCAACCCACUGCUGCAGAUGAUCUUCACAUUCAUGCAGAUGUACUUCAUCUUUAUGAAUGCUAGGCUCAACAUCCACCGGUUCAAAGUGCUCGCCCGCUUCGGUCUAAUGCACAUCGUGGCAACCAACGUGUGCGUCUGGAUUCGAACUCUUGUUCUGGAAUCUCUCAAGGAAAUUACCGCCUAUCACCAGCGGCGAGGACCGGAACCGGAAGACAACGUCAUCCUGGAGAACAUUCGUCAACACACACUGCGCAACGCUGGAAUGGUCCUCGGUACUGAGUUGGGACCCCGCGAAGACGCCGAAUGGGAACCGAUCAGUGUCAACCUGAACGCACAAGAUAACCCCGUUCAAGAGGGUGGGGUUUUAUCCAGAAUGAUUCAAAACACUGCCAGAACUCUAACAGAGGUAACCACCGCUGCAUUCCAAACGACAAGUCGUGCCACCACCACUACACCAAGAAGUACCACAACCUCAACGUCCACCGUAGGAAAUGUGAUUUCGACCACCGCUGCUAAUCUGUUUGACAGGAUCCGCGACGUCGUAGUAACCGAAAGUACGGCCACUUCAACAGAAUCCACACCGCAUGACGAUUUCGAAUCACUCAUCGCUUCUACAACCGCAAGCACCACCACUUCCGGCAGCGGAGCUUUUCUCGACCAGUUCAUCGAUCAUGUCGAUUAUCUGCAGCGCAACAACAGUCUCGAACAAUCGUACGAAUCGUUGGAAUCACUGUUCCCGCAGGCAUUCAUGGCAUUAUCAACGGUAGCUACUAACGGUACUGCAGUCAGCUGUGGCCGAGUAAAUAUUAUGGGUACGAUCGUGCAGGAUUCGGCUCCAUAUCUGUAUCCGUUCAUCAUCGAGUAUUCGUUGAUUGGUGCUGCAGUGAUAUACGUGAUGUGGAAGCACAUUGGACGAUACCCGAAGUUCACUAACGAAGAGGACUUGGAACACCGUUUGGAGGUUAUGCUGUCACGUCGUGCCGUUGUGAUGGCACAGCAAGCUCGUACCGGCCGUGUCGAUUGCGUUGGAGCAUCUAAGGGACUAUUUUUCGGAUUGUUACUGCUGGUUGGAUCAUUGAUUUGUCUGAUUCUGUUCUUUGUACUGGUAAGACAUCCGCAACUGUCAUUGCUGGCGAUCUACUUGGCCGACGCUUCCCACUGCAUUUUGAUGGUCCUGGCUGUCUUCGCUAUCAUCAUUGGAUUUAUUCGUGUCCAAAACCUGAAGUUCCGCUGCGAGGAACAGAGCAACCUCAACGAUAUCCUGCUCCGCAUCUCCGCUUUUGGAUUGUUCAUCUAUGCAACAUUUAGCGUCAUCGCCGGAUCAUUGAAUGCCCUCGAGAGUGAACCGAAUCUGCUGGUUAUGGUGACUGGAAUCGUGGCCGUCGUGCAGGUUGUCAUCCAGUUACUGUUCAUUGCCGAUGUUUCCCGCCGUCGCGUUCACUUGCCGGAACAUGACCGUAUCAAGCCGGGUCGUCAGAUCGUUACAUUCCUGCUGAUUUGCAACAUAUCCAUGUUUGCCAUCUACACAUUCGAAGCGCAAAAGGUGUUCGCCAAUCCGGUCCAACUCGAUUUCUAUGGAUUCAUCGCCUGGUCUUUAAUCCAGCGUGUGACCCUGCCGCUCUGUAUCUUCCACCGGUUCCAUAGCGCUGUCACGCUAGCCGAAAUCUGGAAGACUACCUACAAGGCACGAUUGGAGUAAGCAGCGAUGACCGCAGUAGUCCUUGAGCUGUAAGCGUAGGACGGAAAUACGCACAUAACCACACCGGUAACUACGGUAACGCAUCUUUCCCACACACAGACACCGGUGCGAACGCAGCAAACCAAACAGAAAUCCAAAUGUGGAAGAAAAAAAACAUCAAUAAUGAUUGAACACUUUUUGAGAACUCUUUUUGGAUCCGGGAGCAGCAUUAGCGAAAUCGUAGAGAUUUUAGUCACUUAUGUCGUUUUUCAUUGAA